AAAUAACAUUAAAAUUUGCAAUGUCAUGAGUUAGUAAAACGAAAACAAUACACAUGAGGGCACAAUAUCGUCUUCAAGUAUAUUUUAAAAUAAUCAAUUUAAAGCUAAAAUAUUUAAAGAUUGAGUUUAAUCCUUUGGUUUCUACCUUCUAGUAGUCUGGCUUAUACGUUUGUAUCAACUAAAUGAUUAUAUUACUUAAAAUAAUUUUUUAUUAUACAGCCGUGAUUAUAACAAUUAAUGAAUCAAUUAGUUUUAUUACUACAAUUACCUAACUAUAGAUUAUAUGUACAAACUACAAAGCCAAGGAUGAUAUUAACUUAACUGAAAAAUUCGAGUUUUUACGAUAAAUUUGAUUUAACUAUAGUUAAGUUAAUAAGUUAAAUAGAACAUUAAUUGAUUAGUUAAGUUCAAAAUUAAAAAAAAUAUAUCUUAUUAACUUAGUAUACAUUUUUACCAAGUUAAUACCCACUUUUGUUAUUUGAAAGUAGGUAGGUAGUUUUAUUUGUACAGAGAUUAGACCACAUGUUAGGGCCUAAAGCUGUACACCAUAUGACUCGUUUGGUGCGCAGUAUAAAAUUAAAGUAUAUAGGUAACAAAUAACAAGUCACUAUUAAUAAUUGAAUUAUAAAAUUAUUAAUGUAUUUAAUAUUAAUUAAUAUUUUUCAUUAAACACUUUAAAUUUUGUAAUAAUAACCGUAUUUUUUUAGAGUUGUAAUGAUGUGCACUUAGCCAUCAUAUAUCUUAAAUUUUUAAUUGUAUGAUAAGUAAUAUUCAAUAAAAUACAAUAAUAUAUAAUAAUUAUAGUAAUAACAUAUUUAUAAUAAUUAUAAUAAUUGAUAGCUUUAAAUAUAAGAUAAAACUCACACAUAUGUACAUAUACACACGCACACACUCUUAUAUGUAAAAGAAUUAGAUAUAUAAGGGGACUAGUAGUCGCUAAGAUUGGGGAGUCUUUAUCAUCUUAUUGUGCGGAUGGUCAAAAGCGAGUGUAAGAGACUACGCAGAUCGUUCAUACAAUAAGACAUAAUAAUAAGUUUGUAAUUGAUUAAAAUAUAUAUAUUAAAAAGUGUUAAAAAUAAGUUAAAUAAAAUUACAAUUGUGAUUCAAAGAAAAAAGGUCUAAUUAUUUCAAAAUAUAAAUCGAUCACCUCAUAUUACAUCUUGAACGCGAACCACGAUUUCAACAAGCAAGUCGACACAGGAAGCAGAGAGCGGAUUAUUUUAUCAAAACAUUGAAUAAUGUUAGUUUUUAUUGCCAUAUUAUUGUCGAUGUCACAAGUGCUUGUAAAAUGUGAAUUAAAGUUUGUCGAUCCAGAUAUUCCAAAGUAUCCUGAGUCUGUGGAAAGUGUAAGUUAUAUGUUGGGCUCGAUGACACCUUACCAUGUACCAAAGACAUGUACGGAAUCUAAAGCAUUAUUAGUGAUGAGACACGGAUCUAAAUUUCCGAAACAAACUGUUAUGGAUAAAUUUGAAAAAUUAAAUGAUUUUCAAAAUAAACUUAAAAAUCUGUACUCAAAUAAUAAUGACGCCUUCAAGGCCUUAUCAGCUGAUAGUCAAUUUGUUAUUGAAAAUAUAAUAAAAUGGGAAAAUAAAAUGACUAGUGACAAAGCAAAGGCAGCAAACGAUAAAGGUAUAUUGACUACACAACAGUUAGCAAAAAGAUGGAAUGCCAAAUUAAUAAAUAUGGUAUUAGAUAUCAAAAGCGAAGAUAUAGAGUUCAUUUCAGCACCUGAAAACAGAUGCGUUGUUAGUGGUGAAAAGUUUUUAAGCAUGUUUCUCACAGUUAAAGGACAAUUAGUUGUAGACAAAGUACCUGAAAUUAAAAAUAAGGACAUAGAAGAUAAUCGAAUAAAGUUGGCUAAAGGUCCUAAAGUUCUUAAAACAGAAAAGGAAAUAGAAGAUAUUUAUUAUGAAACAAUGUGCCCAGAAAAAGAAUGUGAUCUAAAAACAAGAAUUCGCAAUCUAUUAUUUCCAGAUGGAUCCCCGAACUUUGAAGUAUUGCGUGACGAAAUAACAAGCGAUAUGGUUAAAACAAUGUAUUUAGCAUGUGCGAAUAGUUUUGGGUAUGACUAUACAGAUGAUGCUCGAGGACAUGCAUGGUGCACAUUAUUUAAUUAUGAAGAUCUAAAGAUGUUUGAAGACAUGCAUGAUAUACAAUAUUACUAUAAAAAUGGAUAUUAUAAUAACAAAAGCAAAUAUUUUGGUCUCCCAAUGAUGAAAGAAAUAUUGGACUUUUUAAACAACACUACAACUAAAAAGUUCAAAAUAUUUUCUGCGCAUACCUCAAAUUGUCUAAGUUUAAUCACCGGAUUCCGUUUGUAUCAAGAUGACGAAAAACUGACAAUCGAAAAUAUGACCAAACAUAACAUGAUUAAUAGAAAAUGGAGAAGUUCUUUUAUAGCCAGUUAUGCAUGUAAUAUAAUGGUUGUCGUUUACAAUUGCCAACACACUGAAAUCGCCGAAAACAAAGAAUCACAGGAAGUUUCUAUUUAUUUAAAUGAAAAACCUAUAACAGUGAUUUUUAAAGAAAAGGAAACGUGUACACAAUGUCCAAUAGAAGAUGUCAAGAACUUGAUUGGAAAAUUAUUGGACGAUGCUAACAACGAAUUAAAACUAGUCUCAGACGAAAAUGCAGAAGUAGAAGAUACACCUGAUAAAUCUUCAAGUUGAAUUUAAUUAAUUUUUAGAAUAUUCAGUCAUUAUUCUAAGAGCAAUAUUAAAUCAUUUCAUAUAGUUACACAAAUAUUCGUAAUCAAUUAAUGAUGAUGUAUUAAACUGUACGUGAAAGACCAAGUUAAAGAAGCUUUUAU